AUGUCGUCGCAGAGCGACUUCGAAUUCGGGCCGCAGCUGGGUCGAGGAAGCUUCGGAGUGGUGUACCAAGUGAUCCGCAAAGCGGAUGGCUGCGCCUGCGUCUGCAAGCAAAUCCAGCUGAGCAACAUGAAGCGCAAAGCGCGGGAGGAAGCCAAUAAGGAGGUAGAUUUGCUGCGCAAAGUGUCGCACGGAUGCAACUACAUUGUGCAAUACCUCGGUUCUUUUUUGGAAGAUGAUGCUUUGCAUAUCAUCAUGGAGUAUUGCGAGAAAGGCGACUUGAGCCAGUAUCUGAAGGAGCGGCAGCGAAGCCUUGAGGAGCGUGCAGUGUGGAGAUUUCUCCUGCAGAUCGGCAUGGGCCUACGCUGGCUGCAUCAGAACAGGAUACUGCAUAGAGACAUCAAGACUUUGAACGUCUUCCUGAAGACCAAUGAUGAUGUCCGGCUUGGUGAUCUUGGUGUGGCGCGGGUGCUGAGCAACACAAACUUUGCAAGCACCUUCGUUGGUACUCCUUACUACCUGUCCCCCGAGAUUUGCGAGGAGAAGCCUUAUAACGAGCUCAGCGAUGUCUGGGCUUUUGGGUGCGUUGUCUAUGAGAUGUGCACUUUGAGGCAUCCCUUUGAAGCCAAGAAUCAAGCUGCGCUUCUCAUCAAGAUUCUGCGCGGACAGUUUGCUCCAAUUGAUGCAAGCUAUUCCGAUGACCUCCGCACUUUGAUCGACGGCUGCAUGCAGCGAGAGCUGGUGAAGCGGACGAAGCUGGCCGAGCUGCUGGCCAAGCCUGCGGUCAUCUCUUGGGCAUCACGUCUGGAGGUCCCGGUGCAGGAUGCUUCGAAGCCUGGGCUGAGACCCAAGACAGAGAAGAGGACACUGCCAGCGACCGCCACGGGCCGCGCUAUUCCUCGUGUCCCAAAAGCUCAGCCACGCAGGGUGCGCUUGGACCCUCGAGCUGCCCGCCGCGAGGAGGCUGGAAAGACAGUGCUGGUGGCACCAAAGACCAAAGCUCUGACAAAAGGUGAGCGGCCGAAAAGUCAGGACGAGGCCCGGCUGAAGGCGGAGGUGGCCGAACUGCCCGAUGUGGUGGUGGCGGCGGCACGACCCAGUCGCAACGUUCCCUCCGUGCAGCAGCUCUUGAGCAUGGACGACUCGCCCAUCAAGCGCCUUCUACAGAGGAAUGGUGGCAGUAUGACGCAGGCGGCUUCUCGUCUUCAGGAAGUGCAGGAGGAGGUCACCAUCCGUCCGGACUUGGACUGCACUGUGAAGCUCGGCGAUCACGAGCCCGACACGGAGUCGAUCGCCGAAGAGUUGGAAGGCGAGCUGACACAUGGCAGUGCCUUCGAGGAUUCCCUGAUGUAUACGGCCGGCACUGACCUUGAAGGUACUCAGGCAGACCUCGAGGAGCCCUUCGGCUUGACGGCCACCGAUCACGAUGGCCUUCUUUGUGACGCUUGGGACUUCGAAUCACAGAAGUCUGACGAGGCGACGGAGGCGACGGAGGCCAUGGAUGAGCCGGAGGAGGAUGCAAUCCCCGAGGAGGAUGCAAUCCCCGAGGAGGUGCGCUCACUUCCCUCCCAGCCCGAUCCUGAAGUCAAGGUUGCCAAGCUUACGGCACAGAUCUCACGCCUGUACACUGACGUGGUGAAGGAUCUGGACGCAGAUGCUCGCAAUGUUUGGGAUGAGCUUUAUGCGCUAUUUCAGGAGAAGAUGGCAGUAGACAUGACAGAUGAGGAUCAAAGUGAGAUCGAGUCCUUCGUCUUCGAGCACUUGCCCACGGAAAGUCCGAACCUCAGCGCUCACUUUUCAGCCGACCCCAGCGUGUUUCAGGAAACCAUGGUCCACAUCGAGGCGCGUCGUGCGGAUGGACGUACUGUGGACAAGAACCUGGUGGUGUUCGGCUGGUAUGUUUUCCGCACAGCGGCGGCGGCCCUUCGGCCUUUGCUGCAUGGUCAGAACUCUUUGAGGCUUAGCCCGGGAGCGGGUUUUCAGACGGCGCCGUUCGGUGGAUAG